AUGACGUCUUUCCCUAAACUAUGGCCCAAAGUUGAAUUAAAAUUGAGUAUUGAGAAUCCCAUAUUUUUGGUUAAAAGUCCAUUGUUACAACAAUUUUACAAGAUUUUGGUGUUGAAGUUCUCCUUGAUCUCAGUUGAGUUCAAAACAACAAGAACUUUAGAAGAUGAUCAGAUGUUCUAUUCAACAAGUCAGGUUGUCAAUUUGGCCAACACAAAACUUAAGUACAUCGAUACACAUGAUGAGCUGGAUGAAACUGCUUUGUUUUGGGAUGAUAUUGAUUUGAAACAAACUGUUGACUUGGUACCUCAACUUCAAGUUUCCACCUUCUUGAUCUCACAAUCAUCUAUUCUUGAUCUGUCCAAUUUGAAAGUUUUACAUGGUAUCAACUCAUUGAUUGGUGAACUAUACCAGAUGACAAAGCCAUUGUUUGACCAAUAUAAACAUGACCUAGUCGCUUGUGGGUGUAUUGAAAAAGAACAGCAAAAGGUACAAACACUUGAUACUUCUAGUUCUGAUGGUGAAAUUUGUGAUGAAAAUACUGUGACAAAUGAUUCUUUGGCUGACUUGAUCCCUCAAUGGAUCUCUCAAAUUGUCUAUGUUUCAAAUAACACAAGCAUAAUACUGGGUUCAAGAUCAUUACUGAUACCUAAGGAUCUCGUUAAAAAUAUAGACCCUCUGAGUAAAAAUGAUUUGAUCAAUGGUGAUUUAAGAAAGAUUGCGGUCACAAUUGAGAAGUGGUCAAUUUCAUUACUUUCCCAGGCUGGUAAAAUCGAAUUAGAGAACACCACAUCUUCUAAUUCCUCUCUUGAAGAUGAUGACAAAGGAUUAUUGGAUUCGUUCUCCGAUGAAGUUAGUGUUAAAGAAGGUUGGAAGUUGAAAUUCGAAUCAACGAAGCUUUUGGGUAAAGUUGUUUCGGAGAGUUCGAAAAAGCAUGCCUUAGCUGAUAAAGUUUUUCUCAAAAUACCCAUUUGUUCAAUUCUUGUUGGUCCCAUGGUAGAAGAUGUUGAACAACUAUCUAUUGAUUUCAACUUGGAGAAAAUUGAUAUUUUUUAUUCAGUGAUGACACAUUUCAUUAUUAUCUCAAGCUUACAUUUGUUGAGAAAUACCAUUUUUGAAUUCUUACAGUACAGUGAAAAAUCAGAUGUUCCAAAAACACCAUCUUCACCUGAAAAGAAAGCAGGUAUUGAAGAAUUACUUGAUCGUGUCCACUUGAACUUUAACAUCGAUUACUUGGAUUUGAUAUUUGUUGCACCAGACAGAAUGAAGCUAAAGUGUGAAGUAAAUCGAGCCAGUGCAAUUGUUCUGCCCAAGAGUCCGAUAUUGCUGAACUCACAUUAUAUGAGAUUAUGUGCUGAAUCACCAACAACUCCUGGUUAUUGGUCUCGGAUUUUGACAGCUGUUAAUGGUUCUACACAGGUUAACAUCCAAGACAUUUUGGCUAAUAAUGAUGAAAACACCUGGUUCAACCUGGCUAAUGAGUCAUGCCAUUUGACAAUUCCACAUCAAUUUAUCAUUUAUAAGGUUUUUGAAAACAUAUCAGUGAUGGCUAAAACUUUGAGACAAUUACACCACUCAUUGAAAUACAACACUGAUGAAAUUGUUAUAAACCCUAAGGCCAAACCUGCUCAUAAAAUUCCAAGGACUAAUUUAAAAUCAAACAGACUGCUAUUUAGUAUGGAUGAUGAUCCAUUUGAGGCAGAAUUGAACAUGAUUUUCCAAAUUGGUCUUGUUGAGCAAAAGAUGCGACUUGAAAAAACUAAAAUGUUUGAUGCAAGAAUAUCUGAGGAACUUCAAAACCAAAGACAAAAAGCCCCGAAGUCAGCAACUUUCCCAACUUCAAACAUUGGUCAUGAUGUGAAUAGUGAUUUGCCAAAUAUUUCUAACAAAAGAAAGUUUCUCAAAGGUAAGCCAGCAAGAUUUUCCUCCAAUAGUUCUGCAAAAUUAGCUCCAGACUUCAACAAAAUUUUUGAUGUGAGACAGAAUGCUUUAGAAAAGCUUCACAAAAUGAGAGAAGGUUUUUCCAAAUCGUGGAUUGCUAGAAUUAGAGCAUACAAGAAAAAUCAAGAAAGAGAGUUUCAACAGAAUUUCAAAUAUUUAUGGGGAAAUUUGAAUAUGGAUCAUUUACCUCAAGACUUCAAUAAAAAGGUACUGGAUUUCGUGACUUCACCUUCGUUAUUUAUUCUUGCUUUAGAAGAUGUUGAUUUAAAUAUCGCUAAACCAUCAUUUGGCAUUGAAGGCAUUCCUGAUUUCAUAUACGAUGUUGGUAAAGGGAAGCCAAAAGAUAGUCAAUAUUCAACAUUGAUACCACUUUUUUUUGAUCUAAAAUUAGGUGAAUUACGAUGCCAUCUGAGAGACUAUCCACUGCCUUUCAUUUAUAUGCCAAGGAUGACUAAAGCUCAAGAUAAGAAUUUGUCUGCUGUCAGGAUUCAUGGUGAUGUUGUUAUAGGGGAAAAUACUAUAAAGUCACACAAAGAAGUUAGAGAAGUCUAUGUUCCAUUAGUUCCAGGGUGUCGCGAAUUUGAUGAAGAUAACCUCUACUCUAUUGAAGUUCCAAAGACACUGACAUCAAUCAAAUUUUACACUAAGCUUGAUUGGGAUUUGAACUCAGCAGAUACAACAAAGGUUACAUGGGGUACUUCAUAUCAACCAUGUAUCCAACAAAUCAUGCUAAACCUAGAUAAUUUCACCAAACCUCCAAUUGAUCCUUCAGAAAAAGUUGGGUUUUGGGAUAAGCUGAGAGCAAAUUUUCAUGCUAGAUUUUCUUUUCACUGGAAGCAGAAUGGAGGCUUUGAUGUUAUUUUUAAAGGUUCAAAGAACCCGUAUGAUAUAUGUGGUAUCGCUUCUGGUUUCUUGUUGGGGUUUAAAGACGGUGUUACAUUAUCAGUGAAUGAAAAAGAUGAUCCUAGAGAAUUUCUGGUUGCAAACUCCAAUAUUGUUAUGUUUGCAGUGCCUAAUCAUUUAGCUGAGCCAUUGCUGGUUUGGUGUAGAGAAACUGAGAAGUCAAUAUUUUUAGCUAAUCAAUCUACAAACUUUCAAGGCUCAACGUAUGGCUACUACUUCAAUGUUGAUGAGAUCCCAGAUGCUGCACAGGUUGAUAUUAUGGCGGAGCAUUAUCUGGAAAAAGUUGCAAUUAAGUUAUCAGGAGGUGUUCAAUUUAAUCUUGCAUUCUUCUUUGAAAGAAAAACUGAUGAUGGUAAUGAAAGAACAUCCGACUUUAUAUCUCAUGAUGAAGUCCUUUUGUGCAACCCUAAGUAUGUGGAAGACAGAGAUAACUAUGAUGCCUACUAUCAGUUCAGAAGUCACUAUAUUCAUAUGGGCUUAACAUUGGUUUCGAAGAGUGAAGAUGCUUACAAUACAAUACAAUUGACUCCAGCAAUGUUUGAACAUUUCUUUAAAUGGUGGCAUAUGUUUUCCAACACUUUUCCAGUUCGUCACGGCAAACUAUUUGGUCCUGAAAAGGCUACAAAGAAAUUUGCCCGACAUUUAUAUACCAUCAAGUAUCAAGCCAUUGCUGAUCCAUUGUUCAUCACACAUGUCUAUCACGACCAUGACCUAAAACGUCAAGACCAAGAUAAGCUAUCCAGUGUUGGUAUCAAGUCCCGUGCAUCAAAUUUUGUGUUGGAUUUACAUCAACGUAAAGAGUUAACUUAUGAACAUAAUCCAAAGCUGGAUGUUACUAAGAAAAUUAUGAGGAUGGGUUUCAACAUUGGUCAAGUUAGUAUGACUGAUUUAGAUAUGAGAACUAUGAAUGGUUUGUUUGAAUUGGAUAAGGAUUUGAACAUGGCUAGAAAAAGAGCAACUGGUGAGAAAACCAGUCAUAAUCACCACGUUGAAGUUUUUGAUGGAGAUAAGUCAUGGUUUGAUAUUCGUGAUUUCACAGAGAUCGGUACGUCAACUCUAGAUGGUUACAAAAGCUCCGUUCAGAUUCACCCAUUGAUGUUCACUCCAAGCUUUAUGUAUUUCAAAAGAAAUGAUCAUGGUGAUAAAUUUCAAAUCAAUAUUGAUACUGGUGAACGUAUCAGACCGUUUGGCAAAGAAAAAUUCCAUAAUUGUUUAUUCUCUGGUCAUGAUUCCAACAAGGUCCAACAAGAUUCAUUCACCACUAGAAUUGAUGAGUUGACUUCGAAGAGGAAAGAAAAACUGGCCCAAGUUGAACAAAUGGAAACUACAUUUCCACAAACUCCAACAGCACAUCGUGAUAUAAGUCAAUUACAGCUUGAAAUUAGAAAGUUGAAUCACGCUAUUCAAUUUGUUCGUGACUUAGCUAUGGCCAAUGAAGCACGUUCGCCAACCGAGGUUAUUGAAAAUUCCUCUUUUGACUUCAACAUUAAUGAUGAUUUUGAACAAAGUCCUUUUAGAAACAAAUUUAUAAUUCAUAAUAUGCUGCUGAAAUGGAAUGAUAAGAAUAGAGAUGUUGUUUACAAGUAUGUUUAUUUGUUUGAAAUGACUAGUCAAUUUUCAAAGUUCAUGCAACAUAAAUCAUUGGGACAAAUUGAAGAUAUCAUUGAAGCUCAAGCUCGUCGUGCCGAACACUCAAGAUUCUCAAGACAAGCAACACAUGUUACACAAGCAACAUAUGAAUCUAAAGGGUUGGCUGAAACUGAAACACAUCCAUAUGAUAAAAGCGUUAAUGAGACACGCGCUUCAGAAAAAUUGAAAAAUUUUGAAGAUGAAUUAUAUGAAAUUCCAAUUGACUUUUCAUACAUCACUCAAGAAAAUUAUUUGUUGAAAUUGAUUUCUCCUCAAAUUCAAUUACAGAGUGAAAAUAGCAAAGAUUCAGCGGUUAUGAUUGUUGCACCAAAUAUUGAAUUGAAAGUUUUGGCGUUUGAUGUAAAUGAUACUGACAAUGAGUACAAUGAAAACAUUGUUGAACAAAGAUUUGGUGCUGUUUUAACAGAUGCCAGUGCAUUUGUCUUUUAUGAUGACGACAUACAGUCAAGACAUAAUGUCAUCUUUAGUAACUCAAAUUAUGGAUCAACUACAUCUUGGCCACCGUGGGUUGGAAUUGAAUUAUGCUAUGAUGGCGCUUUCUUAAAAAAUCACAUGUUGAUGGAGAAGACAUCAGUUGUUCUUCGUUAUGAUAAACCUGAUGAAUCAUAUUUUGUCAAUGACAAAGAGAAUAGUAUAAAUAAGAUGAGUUGUGAUCUUUCACAAGCAGUGUUCAAAUGUGAUGCUAGACAAUAUUAUUCAUUAUACACCAUGAUUAUGAGCUUGUUGAUCUAUAAUGAGCCAAGAAAUGUUAAAUUGAAAGAAAAAGAGUCAAAAAUGUUGCUGAGAUUAGAUGUUAACGAUAUUUCUAGCUUGAAAGAUCGUAUUUUGAAAUUGCAAGAAUCUAUAAGACAAAUGAAGAAGAUUGAAAACAAUUUAACUGGAAGAAGAAGUAUUUUGGAUGAUGUUGAAAGAAAUGAUUUAUUGGUUGUAUCCACCAAAAAGGAAGAAGCUAUGGAGGAAGUUUAUUUGUUGAUGCAUGUUGCAUUAUUAGGCGGUCGUCAAGCUAAAGCUUCAGAUGAUUAUUUAGAAUGGGACAUUCGUGCAGAUGAUAUCAAACUACACAUGUUAGAUGAUGAAAGAUUACCAUUCUUGGAUGUCCUCUUGACCAAUUCACAUUUCAAAAGAGUUGAAGGAUCUGAUCGUUCCAAUCGUAAUAUUGUUGUUAUUGAAACUGUUGAGGUUCUCAAUUUAGAAAAAGAUACACAAUUACCGGUCUUAUUUGCACCUUAUGAAAAUCAUAAGAGACGUAAAGAUUCAAACAAAAAAUCAAAAGGUCACUAUAAUGUGAAACAGCAGCCACCUCCAAUGAUUCAUGUAAUCUGGAAAAUGGAUAACCCAGUUGGUGGAAUAAGGGUCAUUAGAAAAUUUGAAGUUGGAUUAGAACCAUUACAACUGAAUGUUGAUCAAUUUACUGGUGAAAAAAUUAUGAAAUAUGCCUUCCCCGAUUCAAUAAAAAGUUCCAUCAAUGGAAACCAGCCAUCUGCAAAAAAGAGUAUCUUCAGUUUUAAAUCCAAAGAUGGAAGUGUAAAUGGGAAUGGAAGUGCUUCGCACAUAAUUCAUGGACUUGAUGAAGAGGAUGAUGAUCAAGAUGAUGACGAGGAAAUUGAGGAAAUGAUUAGAAGAGCAUCAAAUUACCUCAGUAUUGUUUCAUUUAAAUUCAAGAGUUGUGUCAUUAGUGUUACGUUUAGAGGUCAUGGCUCAAAGAGAUUGGUCAAUGUUACUGAUUUUGCACUUACAUUACCUGAAAUGACAUUUACAAAUCAAACUUGGACGUUAUUAGAUUUGACUAUGGAGAUUAAAAAAUUUGCAAUCAAGGCUUUACUAAGUCACACUGGAUCAAUUCUUGGGAAUAAAAUGGUAAAUCAUGGUCGUAAAAGAUUUGACAGACCAAAUAGGGACAAUAUCAGACGCUCCACGUCAAGAAUAAGUUCAUUUAGAUCAUCUAAUUGAAGACAAUUGUUAAAAAAAAACAAAAAAGAACAUU